CGAAACGUUUUUCUUCUGUCAAACGACAAGGUAUAUCUUUCCCUCUUCAACAAUUGAUUGAGGUUGUAAUUACAUAAGGCUCAAAAUUUACUAUCAGAAUGGCCGGAGAUUCUGUCGAUGAAUCCCAAUUAAAGGGAUUAUCCAAGUAUUUUAACAGCCAGACUAACAGAGGGAGAGCUAAUACCGCUAAAGCAACAUAUGCAGUUUUCGGUGCUCUUAUAUUAUACUACACCUUAAAACCCAAAUCUAAGAAGUAAUCAAUGAACUUCAUAAUUUUAUUUAAGUGCAAAUUAUGUUAAAACUUAUGAAUUUUCUUAAGUUCAACAAGCUGUAAUUUAGUGUACAUUAAAUCAUGUGAAAUA